GACUAGGAGUAGCCUGCUCCGAAUGUGGAUGUCAGAGUUUUCUUUCUUCUGAUAUAGAAGUAGCCUACCGGUAUUUAAGAAUUCCUUGGGUAAAGAAAACCAUAAUAAUUUGUGGAAAAUUAUUACUAUUAUUACUAUUACAUUACAUUUGGCUGACACAUGUUUAAGUGACUAACAACAUGGUUAACAGUUUAAGCUUUUUAAAUCAAUGUUCUCAACAAUUCUAGGACAAUUAAAAGAAAAGGUCUAGUUUCUAGGUCUAGGUCUAGGUCUAAUCUAUUUACCAUGACAUUAACUUGUAUACAGGAAUUUUACACGUAGAAUAUGGAAGGUAACAGAGUUACCUGACACCUGAAUGAUUGAUAUAACACCAUUAUUUUCCUCUUACUUGUAGUACCCAACCUGAAAUUAAAUUGCUCCACAGCGACCUCCACAGGAAUUCAGCUCAGUUUCACAGAUGAGUUCCCGUGGUGCAAAAUAUGGAUCAGAGUGCUUUCAAUGGCCAUGGUGCGCAGACCUCGCAUCGCUUUAUCUGAAAACACGCAGAUAUUGGAGUUCCGUAAAAGAGGUUUUUAAAAGUAGCUUGACAACUAAAAUUUACGAAGAGUUAUCCAUCACAUCGAGAGUUGUCUCAAAGUUAGAACCUCGAAAUGGCAUCACAUUGACAGUAGCGUAAUCUUAGAGCUGGAACCAGAAAGUUUUCACAUAUGCGAAUCAAGGAAAGGUAAGUCAAGUAGGCCUACAGUUAGCCUAUUUUCCCAUCAAAUCUUUCUCAGAUGGAUAGUGUUCUAAUGACAGGAAAGAGACUAAUAUUCUAAAUAGACAGAAAUGGGAUAGUUAAAAAUGUUCUCUCGGAUCUAAAGUGAAGUUUGAUGUGGUAAAUCAUAUGAUAGGCUAGCCUUUAUUAUGUUAAUACAUGUCCUGUUGUUAGGUUAUUUGUGUUAUAGGAUUUGAUGAUCUGUUUUACAAAUGUGAGUACUAGGUAGGUCUAGCCUAUUUCAUUACCUUGUCCAAAUAUUUGGGAAAUCCUGAAAUGAGAAAACAAUUUUAGGUUAUAGGACAUUAACUUUUUAUUACCAGAUUCAAUACAUUGAUAGACCCGUAAUGAUGUUUUUGAGAAUUUGUAGAUUGUUUAGACCUAUUUAUCAAAUAAAAUUCAGAGGCCAUGUUGACAUCCCAGGAUAUAUUUUGAUAUUUCUUCAUACGACAACAGACAUAAAUUCGGUUGAGAAUGCAGCCUUCACUACUUGUAUUAAUAAUUGUGUGAAUAUUAUGCACCCCAGACCAACCCCGCUGUGCCUACCCACAAUGUCUUGCACAAUGUUCCUGCAUUUGACUAAUGCAAAAGGUGUUUUUUUUUUAUCAUGCUUUAUAUCUUAUGUAAUAUUAUUCUGAUGAUGGAGUUAAAAUGUUACUUGGAACACAACUGCCAAGGACUAGCCUAUAAAAAGAUUAUUGCAAGUAGAUUAUAGCGAUACUUCCAUAAUUCACGUCGAACAGAAACAAAAUAGUCUACUGACCCAUGUUAGAACAUUGCAUGAAAAGCAAUGCCUAUACAUCAGAUCAGAAAUUAGUUUGUCAUUUCGUGAAAUUGAGUGCAUAGGCCUAUCUUCAGAGAAACUACAACACAGUUUUAUAGUUUCAUAUAUUUUGUGAAGUUCUUAAAAGAAAGCUCCUGACCAAUCUGUCUGGUAGUUUAUUGGUUACUUCAGUGUAUUGUGCUUCCUGCAAAAUUUGACCACCACACAAACAGAGAUUACAGUGAUCAAGCCAUCCAAUGGAUUCUAGUCUCUUCUUUGGCGCCUAACAGGUGGAAGUAAAUCUCUUGCGAGUCUUGUAAAGCACAGAUUAACGCAAAGCCUGCAGCGUGCCUGCUGUUCAAUCCCACACAAUGCGCUUAAGAAGUUGAUAUCCUCAUUUCGAUUUCUCACACGGUGAUUUCCACCUCUGCAUCCUGCUGAUGUCAGACUAUUUAUCAUGCUCGUCAUGUAAAUUCGUCACUGAUGUAAUGGAUAGGAUAUUAUUAAGUAUAGGCCUAUGGUUAAUGGUGAAUUGCUACACCCAACUAGCCAAAGUAAUAUUUGAUUGGCACAUGCCUUUAUUAGGCUAUUGCAUUAGAUUAUUUAAUUUAAAGGGAAUUCACCAUUUUCAAUAUAUAAGCAGGUAAAGGUGACAAAGGUGCAAAGUUCUUCUUGCGUCCUCUCUGAAGUGCCACUAUUUUAUAUCAUAUUUGGGGUAUACUUCUCAGUUACAGGCAAGAUGACAGCUGUUGCCCUUAGGACUAUUUCCCAAAAUGUUAUCAUCAUCAGACCUUGGGCUAGGGGAUUUACUUGGGAAUUGUGAUCUUGUUUUACAACAUCUGUCACAGCUAGGACCUUGCGUUUCAUAUGCUGUCACGCACAGGGCAGCACAAGAUUAUAUCACAUCUCAGAGAGAAGACUUGCGUGCAAUUUCAUUACCUUGUGUUUCAUUUAAUUUGCUUGUUCUUGUUUGACAUGUUCCAUUUUCUUUCAGGAGGAGUCCAGUGUGCUGAGUCUGGUCUCACCUGUUCCUCCACACCUACACCAGAGCAUUUUUGAUGUUGGUGUCAAACAACUAAGGGUCCAAUGGGGGCUGUAAGAAUCAACAGAUACAGCAUUGUUGCAUCAGAUGAUGACAAUGUUAGAAUGUCCAGGCUCCAUAAUGGGGCAGUGACCAGUAAGCGAGGCGAGAACGACACGGGCGGCCACCUGGCGCCCCCCCAUCACCACCACAAGCCCAAACCCAGCAACGGCGUGACGCCCGUCAACACCGGCCGCUCCGGGGGUCCGCGGCAACGCUUCGUCAAGAAGAACGGCCAGUGCAACGUGGUCUUCGCCAACAUGUCGGACAAGCCGCGCCGCUACCUGGCGGACAUCUUCACCACGUGCGUGGACAUCCGCUGGCGGAGCCUGCUGCUCGUCUUCACGGUCACCUCGCUGCUCUCCUGGCUGGUCUUCGGCCUGGUCUUCUGGGGCGUGGCGCUGGCUCACGGCGACGCCAACCCGCCGCGCGAGCUCCUCCGCCUGGGCCGCUGGCAGCCGUGCAUCCUGCACGUGCACGGCUUCGUCGGCGCCUUCCUCUUCUCCGUGGAGACGCAGACCACCAUCGGCUACGGCUACCGCUGCGUGACGGAGGAGUGCCCGGCGGCCGUGGUGACGGUGGUGGCGCAGUGCAUCUUCGGCUGCGUGCUGGACACGCUCAUGGUGGGCACCAUCAUGGCCAAGAUGGUGCGGCCCAAGAAGCGGGCGCAGACGCUGCUCUUCUCGCGGCACGCGGUGGUGGCGCGGCGCGACGGCAAGCUCUGCCUCAUGUGGCGCCUGGGCAACAUGCGCAAGAGCCACAUCGUGGAGGCGCACGUGCGCGCCCAGCUGGUGCGUCCCUACACCACGGCCGAGGGCGAGUACCUGCCGCUGCAGCAGGUGGACCUGGACGUGGGCUACGACGAGGGCCUGGACCGCCUCUUCCUGGUGGCGCCGCAGGUGGUGGUGCACGAGAUCGACGAGCGCAGCCCGCUCUACGCCAUGGGCCGCGCCGAGGUGGCGCAGGGCGACUUCGAGAUCGUGGUCAUCCUGGAGGGCAUGGUGGAGGCCACGGCCAUGACGGCGCAGGCGCGCAGCUCCUACCUGCCCACCGAGAUCCUCUGGGGUCACCGCUUCGCGCCCAUGCUCUACGAGCGCGGCGGGCGCUACCUGGUGGACUACGCCCGCUUCGAGGAGACCUACGAGGUGCCCGACAUGCCCGCCUGCAGCGCCAGGGAGCUGAGCUUGUUGGCCGGCGGCGACUCGGGGAAGUCCUCGCCGCCGUCGUGUCCGGCGUGCCCGUGCAGGAGCUCCGCGGCCCAGUCGUCCCUGGCGCUCACGUCCAGCGCGUUCUGCUACGAGAACGAGGUUGCUCUGCACAUGCAGGAGGAGGAGCGCGAGGUGCUGGACGAUAUCAAGGAAGAGACCCAAAGCCUUGUGGGCCGCGCGGAGAAGCAGAACGGGGGGCUGCUGUGUGUGCUGGACAUGGAUAACCAGGAGGAGGCCAGCAGGUUGCAGAAAGCGAUUCCACCAGUACCGGUCAUCCACAGAAGAAACUCCGCAUUGUAAUAUCACACGUUUUUUUUUGGACACGCACACGGUCAGCAACAGAGACCUCUGUUCCAGUUACACUUUCUAGAGUCUGCUUGGAGUGCGCUUUCUUAAUGUGAAAUGGUUUAAGGUGGCUUCCAAAACAGCAGUCGCUGAAUCGAUCACCCAAUUUCUCUUGGACUCAUCAUCUUGUCAUAAACACUUACACCUGCUAGAGAAUCAAACCGAGACCCUGAGAAGUUUUCCGCUCCAUCGAUGGCCACAGCCAAAUGAAAAUGCAUUUUAAUGUACAAACUAACGUCCCAAGGAUCACCAAAUUUGUCUGACACCUUGCAUAUCACAACCAGGUCAAAACUGAAAUACAAGGAAUAUGGUAGUUAGAACUACAUUACGUUGCCCAUUCUAUGUACUCUUGUAGCAAAACAACUGGAGGGGACAUGAACGACGACACAGAAACGCACGUCCAGCCCCCACUUACAUUCCUCUCAGUGGAAAUGGCUUUUUCUUUUCAAUUCAUAGUAUGUGGGACUUGGUCAUAUCUGAAAGCUCAUUUAUUAAAACCAUUUCAAACAG